GAAGUAAGAGGAGGUGAGAUACAGCAGAGAGUCUGUGACUUCGGGGCUCUGGGGCAUCAUGGCCCGGGCCCUGGGGGAGGACCUGGCGCAGGAUGACUCCAGCUCUCUGGGAUCCGACUCAGAGCUCAACGGGCCCAGUCCCUAUCGCCAGGCUGACCGGUAUGGCUUCAUCGGGGGCAGCUCAGCAGAGCCAGGGCCGGAUCGUCCUCCUGCAGACCUUAUCCGCCAGAGAGAGAUGAAGUGGGUGGACAUGACCUCACACUGGGAAAAAACUAUGUCCCGUAGGUACAAGAAGGUGAAGAUCCAGUGCCGGAAGGGGAUUCCCUCAGCGCUGCGGGCCCGCUGCUGGCCUCUGCUGUGUGGUGCCCGAGUGUGUCAGAAGAACAGCCCUGGCACCUAUCAGGAGCUGGCAGACGCCCGCGGAGACCCGCAGUGGAUGGAGGCCAUCAGCAGGGACCUGCACCGCCAGUUCCCUCUGCACGAGAUGUUUGUGUCCCCCCAGGGCCACGGGCAGCAGGGGCUCCUGCAGGUUCUCAAGGCCUACACCCUGUACCGACCGGAGCAAGGCUACUGCCAGGCCCAGGGUCCUGUGGCUGCAGUGCUGCUUAUGCACCUGCCCCCAGAGGAGGCCUUCUGGUGCUUGGUGCAGAUCUGUGAGCUCUACCUCCCCGGCUACUACGGGCCCCACAUGGAGGCGGUGCGGCUGGACGCCGAUGUGUUCAUGGCGCUGCUGCGGCGGCUGCUUCCCCGCGUGCACCAGCACCUGCAGCGGGCGGGCGUGGGACCCCUGCUCUACCUGCCCGAGUGGUUCCUGUGCCUCUUCACGCGCUCGCUGCCCUUCCCCACCGUGCUGCGCGUCUGGGAUGCCUUCCUCAGCGAGGGUGCCAAGGUGCUGUUCCGGGUGGGUUUGACCCUGAUGCGCUUGGCGCUGGGCACUGCAGAGCAGCGCAGGGCCUGCCCAGGGCUCCUGGAGACGCUUGGGGCCCUGCGAGCUAUUGCCCCCAGCCAGCUGCAAGAGGAGAUCUUCAUGUCCCAGGUACACAGUGUGGCCCUGUCCGAGCGGGACCUGCAGCGGGAAAUCAGGGUCCAGCUGGCCCAGCUGGCCGAGUCCUCACCCGGGCCACACCCUCAGCUGCAGGCCCGCCUUCCCGGAGCUCAAGCCAUCUUUGAGGCCCAGCAGCUGGCAGGGACGCGGGGAAGCCCCAAACCUGAGCUGCCCCAAAUUGUGGUCCAGCCUCCCGAGGAGUCCAGGCCACCUCGACGCAAACCCCAGACCCGUGGCAAGACGUUUCAUGGGCUCCUGCCUCGGGCACGAGGAGCCUCUCUGGAGGGCGCCCCCAGAGCCCAUCGAAGCUCUGUGUCCUUCCUGGACACCCGCUUCUGAAGGUACCAAGGAUCAGUACCCCCAAUCCUAAUGGUGGAUGUCAGCCCACAGUGGGUUCUACACUUUUCUGCUGGGACUUGGUGACUCAUCUCCCUUCCAGGCAAGGCCCACGCCGUGGGGGCAGGGCGGGGCUCCCCACAGCACAGACACGGAAAUGAAGCAAGGUUACAGAGGGGCUGGUGGGAGCCCAGUGGGCCACAUAUCAGGAUGCUGUGCUGGUGCCCAAGCCCUCCCCAGCACCAAAGCCAGCGUGGAUGGAGUGUGGGGGUGAGGUUGCUUCUGGGCUAAGGGAUGCCGGGAGGCUCAUGAGGGGCUGGAAUAAAGUCUGAGCAGCAG